ACAAGCAUAGCUCAUGAUGUAUACAACUCCUUUGAAGGAGAGGUGUCGCUCCUUCCUGCAGACAAUCCUCGGCAGGCAGCCACUUGCAGAUAGGACGCUGUAGUUGCCAUAGCGAGCCUCCGCUUUGAAGCACACCUCAUCCGGGGGACACUCAGUUGCGAUGGGCUCAAAUCUGUACUCAUUCUCCAGGAUGGGCCUGAAGAGGCAGCGCAGAUUGCCACAUACUACGGCUGGCAUGAGGUAGAAGAUGAAGAUUGUAGAAUGUAGGAGCUGCCACAUGGUCACCCUAAACUCCUUCCUGGCUUUUGUUGUGGGACACAGGUGGAGGUCCAGGAUCGAUCGAUACAACACUGAUUGUAGUCACUCAAAUCUUGAGAUAAACUUUGUUCUUCACCAAUUAAGUUAUGUCAUUUCUAAGGGAAAAAUCAUAUUCUGGAGACAAACCGGUAUUUGGCAAAUGGCAUUUAACCAUAUUGUACAAUCAGUAUUACAGAAAUGGAUGGCUCACUGUCGUUCAACAAGUUAAAAUAUUGGAGUUAAAUCAUUGUCCAUGUUUUGAUUUGAAAAUGUAAUACAUUAACUGCCAUGUCGACACUGUCGACUGACAACAAUGAUCCCAAGGUGGCCUAUAAAAUAAAUAUCAGUGUACAUACGUAUUUCAGGAACACAUUUGAUGAAAUGGUUCUUUUGAAUAAACUGAAAAACUAUUUAAGAGGUCCAAUGUCUGUCUGUUGUGGUAAAAAAAGGGACAAAUUCUGAUCAUCUCAUACCCAAAACUGCAGGAUUACAGAUCUUUGCUGUCCUGUGAAAAACACUUGGUCCAAAAUAUUUUGGGGGGGUCUAGAAUAUAUCCUACAUUACUCAAAAGGUUCUGGAUUCUUGAUCAUUUGGAGAAAAUCCCAAAAAAUCCAUUUAUGGUGAAAAAAUGUACAGCCCACAGGCCAGCACUAACCAGCCAAGGUUCCUGUCAGGGGCCAUUUAUACUGUAACUUAGAACAAAAAUACUGUAUCACAGCACAGUCCACUUGAGUUCAAAUCUUCAUUAAUGUGGCCCAAAAAUCAAAUUUAGCCCCAACCCUGAUUUAGCAAAGUUGCUAUUGUAAGGAUUACUGUGGAUGGGCAGGUUGGAGCACUCCUCAAAUAGGAGCCCAGAACCCUUUUUCACCAUGCUCGUUUGUUGCACAUCCUCUGCAGUAGGUGGCACUCUUGAGUUUGCAAAAACAUAAUUAUCUCUGUGUAUUGAUUUAAUAUUUUGAAAUUAAGGACGAAACAAUACCCGGUUUUAUACUGAACCGUUCGAUAUGCCCUCUUUGAUUCAAUAUGAUGAAACAUUCGAUCUAAUUAAAAAAGCUCCUCAGAUGUAUUUUCUGAACUUUAUUUAGUGGUCUCUCGCUAUAAUGUCCGACACAUCUUUGCCUUGUAAAAAAAAAAAAAAAAAAAAAAAGUAUGAGUAGACUCCUCCCUGCUAGCCCCCCUCCCUCAUACCUUCCCCAAACUGCCUGAAAUGAGGGAGCCGUGGCGCACGAGGAUCGAUGCUUGUGAGGAAAGACAGAAGCUUAAAGAGGCGGCUUGCUGGCUUCAAUGUUGUACAGAUCCGUUGUGUGGCAGCAUUUAGUUUGCCGAUACGCUAUUCCCACCCGUACAUGUUUAACAUACUGUCUUUACGGAUAUGCACAGCAAUGUCCGUCAAUAUAUUGUUGCCGACUUGGCUGCUACGAAUAGCCUCAGUUUGACACCAGCACACCCUGGGACACAGAGCUAACUCAUGGUUACACGGGCAAUGAGUGGCAAAUUAAGAGCACUGUACUUCAAACUCCUGUUUAUGAAAGUUGUCAAAUCCUGGUGUUGUGCAGUAAUGAGCAGACGUGACUUCUGUGGCGUUAACUUUAAUGCCCCGACAACACUCACGCGCACACACUAGAUAUCAAAUAGCAACCUAGAUGUGCUACAUUAGACCCCCCCCCCCCCUCCACCCAAGUCACAUGCCAUUAGCUGCGUGAGCCCGGAGUGAUUAUGGGGACGCGUAGUUCAUAUACUACAUGGAUGAAUUAAAAACCGCCAUGACUGAAUGGAAGUUAAGCCAAAUCAAUCCAUACCAGUGACGGUGGAUAACACUACUAUUAAUUCAGUACGUAAUACAGAUGGACUUGAACCACAAAUGGGAUGUUUUUGCUCAUGUGGUAAACAUAGCUGCAGCAAUCAACAGUUCUCCCGAACCCACUUCACAAAUAGUAAAGAUUCUUAGCACUUUUAUGCAAAAUUUCUUCAGAUCAAUAAGUAGAAAGCACACAAAUGUUAUGCACUAAAAAUGUUCAUAUGAUGGCAUUGUCAUUUUUGCUUGGGGGCGGGGUGGCAAAAACAAAACAAACAAAAAAAAACUCAUGUAAUACCUGGGUCUUACACUUUAAAAGUACAAGUCAGUACUAGGCUUCACUGUGACUAUGGUGGAAGACGCAAGACCAGUAGGUUGCUCAUGUCUAAAAAAUGUUGGGAACAGAAAGAAUGUACAAAAGUAAAAAAUUAAAGACAAUUGAAAAGCACAGUUUUAAAAAGACAGCAUUUCCAAAGUGCAAAGUUACAGAUUUUAAUACUUUUACUAUAUAAUCCAGGAGGGUUGACAAAUCCACCUUUUUCUCUCUGGAGCAAAACAUCAUGAUAGUGAUUCCUGCUAAAACAAACACAUGAUUAUGUUAUGAGACCCAGGCCAGAGCCUUUGGCUACCGGCUCUUUCGUUGACACACACGCACCCACACAGACAGAACACUAUGACACAGAGGCUGAUGGUGAAGGAGUAUUGUAGUCAUCUUCACAGGACCCCCAGAGACGCUUCCUCAGCACACGAGCAGCAUACUCUUCCUUCUCUGCCAUGAUGUUCAGCAGCAUCUUCAGGACGCUCUCAGACGCAGGUGCCAUAUUGCAUUUGUCCCUACAGCAGCAUUCAUGCCUCACCCGGUACUCAACCCCCAUGUAGGAAACCACCCGGGGGGCUCCGUCGCAGAGCUGGCGAUCAACGCAGCCCUGUUGGGACAAUGCGUGAUAGGCUCCAUAGAAGCCCCUGGAGGUGGCGCAGUGUUGGCCCGGCGAGCACUCAGUGGUCAGGUUGAAGCACGGGGCCUCUUUGGUCUGCAGUGGGCAGAAGUGGCACUGGAGUUUACCCAUGUGGCACCAGGACGGGAUGAGGAGAGCCGCAGCCACCAGGAUGCCAAACACUGCAAGGCUACAGUAAGUGUCGUUAGGAACAAUGAGUUUGGAAAACAAUUCUUCAUUUCACCAGUGCAAACUUUUUUUUCUGAUGCUUUAUCAGCAUUAAUUUGAGAAAUUAAAAAUCGUUCAAAAUAUUUAUUCAUGCCUUUGACAAUCUUAACCACUGAAUUUCAACACUGAGACACUUCCCUUGUGCAGCAUAAAAUUUUCAGUCUUUCGCUUCUGUGGACAUUAGGCAGGGCAGCAACAGAAAAUUUCACACUACGCAAAGGAACUAAAUUGCCAAAAUUAAUCAUGUGUAAACAUUUUAAUGACAUUUACUUUUGGCAUUCCUGGUCUUCUAUUCACAAUUUUAAUACAUCAAAAUGACAUUUAAGAAAAAGGUAAAGUGGUCUCAAACACAGAUCUAGAUUUGUUUGUACAAGCGGAAUAGGCUAUAUUAACAGAAAAGUCUUGGAUGCUUGGUUUGACUCGAACUCCAGAGGUUUCAAAUUAAUUGUUUACCACCUAUACAUGUAUAUAACAUAACUCAUUUAUAGCAAUUAUUUGCAGGAAAUGGUCAAGGGGUUCUACAACAUCUUAAAAUCAUUCGAGUGAUCAGGAAAUACAGAGGGAGAGAAUGAUUCAGAUCAGAUUCACUCCUUCAGUCUUCAUUAAGUCAAAACUUGCCCAUUGGUCGUCUAUAUAGCCCACCAACACCUCACCUAACAGAUACCUAUACUUGUGUGGCUUACCUCCUCUGCUUUCCUUGUGCUGCCAUUUGAAGCAGUGUGAGAGGCCCCAGACAACAAGGAUGAAUACGUCAAAUGUCUCAAACUCCAAGGAUUAUAUAUUCCCACUGAUUGCCAAGCAGCAACAGUUUACAAGAAAGAACAGGCCACAAGCAGAUAUCGAAUGUGUUCUCUGCUGUAACGUGACAUACUGCAGUGUCAAGACUCAGUUUGGCUACAAUGCGAUGGAUCGCCCCAGGCCGCAACCACCACUACCCCCUCGACCAACACUUAGAGUGCUCCACAGACAAAAUGCAAACGAUGACCUCUCCCCGACCGUCACAGAGAAUGAAUAUGACAACCAUGUUUACGAGUACAUCGAUAUUCAUAACAGGCAACUUCCCAAACGGAACAAGUCGCAAUGUUUGAAUACACAGGCUGAGAGUCAAGGACAGCUUAACGGUGAACAGCGAGAAACACAAAGGCCUCUCCGACCGCGUCGUACCGCCCCUCCGGUCCCGAAUGCGAAAGGGCCAAGCGGACGGGACCACAUUUCCCCACCAGUACCCCCAAGGAAGCACGUGCCCCUCAGCCACAACAAAACCAGGUUCUCCUGUGACCUGACAGUCCCCAUCCACAAGCUGACCCGCUCCAACACACAAACAGAUGACCCGGAUGCAGGGCUCAUCAAGCUGAAAGACACCCCUGAAGGGAGCACUUCAGUCAUGGCUGCAUUCUGUCAGGCCACAUCCAAUCUGAUCUCACGCCACAAGGCCUCACAAAGUGCUGACAACUGCAGCGUGGUGCAGGCUCGAAUGUCACAUAUCCAUCCAGCACUGCUGCAGCAGGUUGAGUUGACCGUCACCGUCGCUACCGAAUAUCAAAGUCACCAACUUCCGAUCCCGACCUCAGUGAACAGAACAGUGCUAAAUUUAAUCCAAGAGAUUUUCCAGUUGCUGCAGCUCGCUCGCAAGCCAACAGGCUAUUAUGUUCUCAAGUUGUGCAACUCUGAGGAGUACCUUCACAAUGACAAGCUCCUGGGUAUGCACGAGGUUGUUCAAAAACACUGCAAGUUCAACAUGGAUCUUCCCCUUCGACUGCUACACUCCAGCAACUUGAGACACAGCCUGGCAAGGGUUAAGGGGGAGGACAAACCCUCAAGUCAUCUCUACGAGCUUGUGCGUCCUGUCAGCGUCUUCAACACAUGCAAAUUGAGUCUGCAGAAUGUGCCCUUGAGCUACAGCAGGGAGAAGGCCAUGCUGAAGAGAAGUAAAUCGGGGAUUAACAUCAAUGUCCUGGUGACCCAUGUUCGCACCAUUACCGACCUUCUGUGUGGCUUCUCGAGCGGGGAGUUGGAGGACGCCAUUGGUCGGGUGAACAGAGUCAACCCCAUACCUCUGAGUUAUGAGGAAAUGUCUGAAUGUGAGAGUGCCUUGCAGGUGCUUCACAAGUCCCUGCUCAACGUCAUGCAGAGUUUCUUUGAAAACUUCCUGUCCAACUUUAGAACAGAGGAUGUUGCCAGCCAGCCCGAGAUCCGCGACGUGGAAAACAACAGUGAACUCUUACAGUUCAACGUAGCCGCCCUCUAUAAACUACAACCUUACUGGGUGACCACAUUCGACUGCUUCUCAAUUUCCUGUGAGCUGACGUACGGAGAGACGCAGAUUUGUUCCACCGUGGUUUCAGAAAACAUCAGCACGGCUUUGUCCUUUGAGAAAAAAAUACGUUGUAACCGCAUGAUGGCGUUUCCUGUGCCAAUCAAGCAGUUGCCGUAUGAGUGCAUGCUGACCUUCCAGCUGAUGGGCUCAAAACGAGGGAAGAGCCCCAAUUUGCUGGCCUGGGCCGUUAUGCCUCUUUAUAGCAACGGAACCCUGGUAAGAGGGACAGUCUUGCUUAGUUUGUCCAUGUUGGCCAUGUUGUCUUCGCCUCCCUCCCCAGCCCUGUUUGACAGUCACAGACAAACAACGGGGGUCAUCUUGCAGCUUGAGUUCCCAGAUGAGGUGAAGUGGACGUACCAUAGGCCCAUCGCGCUCCCUGGGUCUUUUAUAUUCUCUUCCCCUUGCGAAGCUCUGGAAAAGAAAAUGUUAAGUGUGUCAAACAAGCUGUGUCUUUGCCUUCUAACAGAGAACGACAAGAACUUUCUGUGGAGUAAACGACACAGUAGUGACAAAGCAAAUACCUUCCUCCACCUUGUGUUGGGUGGCGCCAAAUGGCAGACUGAGGACCUUACAGAGAUCUACACAGUUCUGGAUCACUGGGCCAUCCACCUUCCAGAGGAAGCUCUCUUCCUACUUACUGAUAGUUUCCCAGACCAGACCGUGCGUAAGAGUGCUGUACAGUAUUUUGAACAAAUACCUGAUGAGGAGUAUGAGCUGUUUUUACCGCAGCUUGUCCAGGCUUUGAAGAGUGAGUGGGAGCUGGAUGGUCCUUUGGUCAUGUUGUUGCUGGAGAGAUCACUAAAGAACAUUCGGAUUGCCCAUCAACUCUUUUGGCUGCUUGAGGACGCUUGCAGUGAGCAGCACUACCAGAGCUGGUUCAGUAAAGUGCACGCGGCCCUGCGCUUUUGCUGCAGUCAAGGGCUAAGGGAGGAACUGGAGCGAGAGAGACGCUUGCUGUCAGUGGUUGUGCAGUUGGCCGAGAAGAUCCGCAUGUCAGAGAAGACGCGACGGAAGAAUAUUCUGAACAAAGAAAAGAGCAAUAUCGAGAAGUUCUUCAGUGCUGGGGGAAGCUGUUGUCUGCCUCUAGACAUUGCAUUUCGCGUCAAGGGAGUGGACUUGGAUGCCUGUAAAUUUUACAACUCCAAUACCUCUCCUCUGGGGCUGUCCUUCAUUUGCACGGACCCUCUCGCCAAGAACAUCGCUGUAAUCUGCAAGACAGGAGAUAGCCUGCGCCAGGACAUGCUGGUACUACAGAUAGUCCGUAUAAUGGACAGGGUGUGGCUCCAAGAAGGGUUGGACUUGAGAAUGGUCACCUACAGAUGUCUUUCUACUGGCAGCACUCAGGGCCUCAUAGAAGUUGUUCCUGAGGCGGUGACGCUAGCGAAGAUCCAGCAGGAGUGGGGCCUGGGGGGUACCCUUCGACAUGACACCCUGGAGAAGUGGUUUCACAUGUGGAACAAAACAAAAGAGGACUAUGACAAGGCCGUGAUGAACUUCAUUCACUCGUGCGCAGGUUGGUGCGUGGCCACCUUCAUCCUGGGGAUCUGCGACCGCCAUAACGAUAACAUCAUGUUGAAGCACAGUGGACACAUGUUCCACAUCGACUUCGGAAAAAUCAUGGGCAACGCACAGAAGAUCGCAAACGUUAAAAGGGACCGCUCACCGUUCGUUUUCACGUCAGAGAUGCAGCACUUCAUCACCGGCGGUGGUCAGAAACCUCAACGCUUGCAUCGAUUUGUCGAACUCUGCUGUGAAGCUUACAACAUCAUCAGACACCGAUCAGGCCUCAUACUCAGUCUCUUGGAGCUGAUGAUUAAUGCAGAAAUGCCGGAAUUGAAGGACUGUAAUGACCUGCACUAUGUCCAGAGAAACCUCCGACUUCAGCACACUGACCUGGAAGCCACUUCUUACUUUACAGAGAAAAUCAAGGAAAGCAUGGGUUCCGUGGCAGCCAAGUUAAACUUCUUGACGCACAGCAUGGCCCAAAAGAAGAAGCAGGCAUCAUCGAUACACGAUGGUGUUCCAGGCCCCAGUACAAACAUUCAAGAUGCUGUGAUCAAGGACUUCACCAUCAAGGAUAGAGUUGCGAUCUAUAACCUGGAGGUGACGAUUGACGAUGGCUUUUGGUAUAACACAAUGACAUAUGAGGGCUUUGAGCUGAUCCACAAGCAGUUGCAGAAGCACUUCAUCGAGUCUGCUUUGCCUCAAUUUCCGUCCUGGUAUAUGAUGUCAUUCACACCCAACAGGAAGAUGACUAUGCUGAACAAAUACCUCAAACAGCUUUUUGAGGGACCCUGCAAAGGGAAUGAAUUUGUGUGCAGCUUGUUCUUGGAUGGGCCCAAAAUGGGUCAAGAAAGUGUGGUAAAAGAAGCUCAUCCACAAAUCCAGCUGUUAAUUUCUUACAAGGACCGCAAGCUCUCCGUCUUGGUAAAACACCUCAAGAACAUUAAGACAGCUAAUGGCUCCAACCCCGAUGCCUAUGUAGUGACGUAUCUGAGACCGGACCCCCAGCAUAGGUCUAAGAGAAAGACCAAAGUGGUUCGGAAUAAUGACAACCCCACUUUCAAUGAAUUGCUGGAGUACGUCAGCGUCCCACUGCUGUACGGGAUGGUUCUAGAAGUGAGCGUAAAGAGCAAGAAGACAUUCAUAGCUGCCACAAACAUUAAAUUGGACGAGGAGCUGCUCAACAAAGAAACUUGGUUCAAGCUCGGAAACGCGGCGCUUUGACCUAAAUUGUUGGACUGCAGUCCUGCGGCCAAAGAGGGAUGCAAACACAAUCUGUAUCGUUUCAACUUGUACUGUGGAUGAUGUUACAACUGAGCAAAUGUUAGAAUUGUAAAGAUCGUCGUGAGGAUACGCUGUAUGGAAGAUGAAUUAUUAAUUUAACGCAAUUUUGUCAGUGAAUGUAACAUUGGCUGGACCAAGGUAUUGAGACAGGGAUCAAACUUUUAUCCAUAGUGGCCACUUUGUAGUUGACCUAUAGUUGACCUAUAACAACAUGUUUGUGGACUG